UACAGGUUUGAUUCACACUCCAUUGUAUAUACUGAAAUGCUUUGAGAAACAGCAGAUAUAAGUAUUGAACUGAUAGAGUUUGAUACUAAAAUAAGAAAAAACCAAAAAAAAAUGGCUGAUCCAAGAAAAAUUUCAUCUGCUCCUUCGUUAUCGUUAAGUAGGAGACUUUCCCUGAAGUUGACAGGAGGUGCAAAAAAGAAGGAGGUUACUACCAUUGAGACGGUACCUGAAGAAGACGCAAGUACUAAUGAUCAAGUGGGGCAGCAGCAACUCACUCUCACUCCUACUGAAGAGCCUCCUAAGAUCAUACACAUCAAUGAUUUUAUUUCUGUCAAUAUCGAUGAUUUCGUGCCGGAAGCAGGAUACCAAGCGAUGAUAACACAAAUAGCAAAAGAUCAUUGGGAGAAGGGGAAAGAAGUGAUGGAUGGAUAUAACAAGAUAUCUGAUCAAAAGAAGAUGAUUGAAAAGAUCAUGUUAAGUAGAAUCGAUAUACAAAUAUAUGACAAGGCAUCUACAGGUCAAUUGAAAUUCAUGGAGGAUGUUGUGAAUACCUUGGAAAGUGAAGAUCUCAAGGAAACUCAUAAAAAUAUGGGUGGUACAGCGCUUCACCUUGCUGCCAUUGUUGGAUGUACAAGAAUUGUCAAGGCAAUAUCAAGCAAGUGUUCCACUUUAACCGGAAUACCCGAUAAAGACGGAAACAUCCCACUUGUGGUUGCGGCAGAAAAUCUUUUCAAACAUAAACAAAAGGAGAUGGUGGAGCAUCUUUGCGAUGUCACUCCAAAAGAUUGCACAGAACUCUUCACCAAUGUUACUGCAGGCGGUCGACUAAUCUGCAACAUCAUUAAUGCUGAUCACUACGAUACUGCCUGUCGCUUGAUCAAGAAAUUCCCACAGUUGGCUAUCGCGAAAGAUGACAGUGGUUCAUGUGCAUUAGAAGUGUUGGCUCAAAGGCCUUUCGCCUUUCAAAGUGGAAGUUGGCUAACACCCUGGCAACGCAUCAAGUACUCUGCUAUUAAGGUGGACUUGGCAACUCAUGAGCCGCGCCGCACUUCUCCAUAUGUUUAUAACUCCCCAGAUGCUGACUUAGAAAAGGGUGAAGAGUACUCUGAUUUGGACUUGUACUUGCAACAACAUCAAGGAUUUUUCACGAGGAGAUUUCACGAAGCCCUCGGUCUCACUUACACCUAUAAGGAAAAGUUAAUGCAUCGUCAAGCACUGGAGUUGGUUAAGUGCAUAUGUAAAGAGCUUCCAAAAGUAUUAUCAUCGACGAAAAGUCUAGACGAUGCAGUUGAAUACAUUAAUAGAAAUGUGGCGAUUAAAGAUGAAAAACGUCUUCUCAAGGAUUUCUUUGAAAAUACAAGCAUAUUGAGUUCUGCUGCCAGCUCCGGGGCUGUUGAAGUCUUGGAGGAAUGUAUUCAAAUAUUGCCGGAGUUAGUCAUGCUUGAUAUGGAGAAGCAAUCACCACUGGCAGUUGCAAUUGGACAAAGAACUGAUAGGAUUUUUAACUUGAUUCUUGAUAUGACUAAUGACAAUAAAGACAAGUUUGCAACUGUUAGAGACAAAGAAGGCAACACAUUGUUGCAUUUAGCUGCCAAGCUAGCACCAUCAACACGACUAAGUGAAAUAUCUGGUCCAGCUCUCCGGAUGCAACGAGAACUUCAGUGGUUUAAGGAGGUGGAACAUUUCACUCCACAGAAAGAUAGGCUAAUUACAAACAAAUCUGGGAUGACUGCUCGAGCUUUAUUCACAGAAGAACAUGAGAAACUAAUGAAGCAAGGAGAAGAAUGGAUGCAGAGAACAGCUGGGUCAUGCAUGGUGGUUGCUGCUCUCGUGACUACCGUAGUGUUUGCUGCCGCUUUUACUAUACCUGGUGGAAACCAUAGCGAGAGCAAUAGCGAAAAAAAUGGUACACCAAUUUUUCUAAAUAACACGUCAUUCUUACUAUUUCUAGCUGCAGAUGCCUUUGGUCUCUUUUCUUCCCUCACAUCAGUUCUUGCCUUUUUAUCCAUCUUAACGUCGAGUUAUACCGAAAAAGAUUUUCUCAAGUCAUUGCCGAAGAAGUUGAUACUUGGUCUCCUGAGUCUCUUCUUGUCUGUAGUUUCCAUGAUGAUAGCUUUCAGUGCGGCACUUUCUAUCGUUCUCGGACAUAGAUUUUCAUGGUUUCCACUCUUUAUUACAAUCAUCACUUGUGUUUUCCUGAUCACCUAUGCAGUUUUGCAGCUUCCAUUAUUUAUCGAAAUGGUUCGUGCUACUUAUUGGCCUACCCUCUUUAGAUCAAAGGGGAAAUUAGCUAAGAUCUUAAGACAGACUAGUGGGAGUGUAUCCUUACAUAAAAAUAAGAGACAGUAAUGCCUGAUUGGAGAGCAAGAGAGAAAUUUACUAUUUUUCGCUGAGAUGUAUGGAUGAUUUUAAUUAAAUAGU